ACCAUAGUGGCCAUGGGUCUUACCCUGGCAGCAGUAGGAUUUGCUGGUCGCUAUGCAAUGCAAGCCAUGAAGCAUAUGGAGCCGCAAGUGAAACAAGCUCUGGAAGCUUCCAAAUCGGCCUUUGAAAGCGGAUACUACAGAGGUGGUUUUAAGCCAAAGAUUACCAGAAGUGAAGCUGCCCUUGAUCUUGGAGUCAGUCCAACCGCUAACAAAAACAAGAUCAGAGAGGCACAGACAAAACUGAUGAUUUUAAACCAUCCUGAUCGUGGUGGAUCACCAUAUCUGGCAGCAAAAAUAAACGAGACUAAAGAUUUACUUGAUGCACAAAUGAAGAAAUAG